CGUACUAAACGGCCGCCCCCCAACGGGAAAAUCUGCUUGGGUUGCGUUUUCUGAUACGUCAAUCCGCAUAUGAAUCCGUCGUCCGUCGGUCAACCCAAAAAGUCUCUUCGUGUCAUCGUCCAAAAGUCACAUCAGAUUAAACGGGAUCAGUCAGUGAGGAAAAUUUUGUGAAAUUUCCGUGUGAAAAACUAUUGUGAUUUGGUGCGAAUCGGUUUGGAUCGCAGUGAAAAUGUCCGGCGGAACCGGUCCGCUUCUUGUUUGAGUUCCGGCUGGAAGAACCGUUCUCCGUGUUGUGUGUUUCUGCGUAUCAGCUUCGAAGCAGCCGAUGGUGAAUGUGAACGUGUGUCCAAUAGUUAGCGACAAAUGCCCAGUAUCGUUCCGCUGUCCAUCUCCAGAGCAUUUGUCCGUAUGUGUCCGGCGCGAGUGCACGAGGAACCGUAAGACCCCUUGAUAAUAAUACAGUAAAAAUACCAACAAUCUUCUUGGUCAAUCGUCGUCAAGUCGUUGUGUAUUGUCAGGCGGAAAAUGUGCGUAAUUGGUUCGUUUGCUAAUUGAUGGGACACAGCCAAAUGACGACAGCAGCAGACGGAGCAACAACAGCAGUCGUCGAUAUCAACCGGCUCCGGGGGAACAGUGUCCCCGAAGUCACGCGUUGCCAAUAGUGCUGUUCAGUUCAGAAAAUCCGUCUCGAACGGCGGUUGGCGGUGUUUGAAGUGUUUGUAGAUCUCCCAAUUUGACCGGUGAUUACGUGUUAGAAUAAUUGUAGUAUUUUCUGGUUAUCGGAUCGAGCAGUGUGUAAAACGUUGAUUUUGUUUCGUUUUCGUUUCAAACCUAAGUGCAAUCGUGAUAAUCGAAAGAAACAGUUUUGGUUGACCAAUUGGCCGCGAGCGACAAAGUUAAAAAAGGGAAGACAUAAUUGAAACUACGGGCCGAAUCUUUGGUGGUGGUGUGGGUGCCUCCUCCCAAAAAAAUAUAUUUUCGAUGGUAAAGGCACCUGUGUUACCCUCUGUGCCACAGCAGCAGCAGACAUACAAUCAGAAGGAGGUCAUCGGUCAACAGCAUCAGCAGCAGCCGGUGCCACAGCAGCAACAUUUUCAUCAAUUUUCAUUUCCACCCCCGACCACGCAAUACUUCCAAAUAGGUUCGGUGAAGAAACAUCGUCGUCCGCAGAUGGCGACGGAACCACCGGGUGGAGGUGGCGGAGGUGGAAGUGGUGUAGUAUCGGUAACACCGACCCCGACUACUACGACCACUGCCGCCAUCGCAGUUGUGGCCCCAACUGCUCGCACUGUUCCUGUUCCGGUAUCGGCUGCUGCAUCCUCAUCAGCUAAUGGAGGAGGAGUGGGUGCAACGCAAAUCCUGUCCAUACAACAGGCCGGCGCGAAUCAACGGAUUCAACCGAUGCACCAUAUCCACCACCACCAUCACCAUCAGCUGAUCAAUGGGAUAGCUACGGUGGCCACGGCUAGUGCGGCGGCAGGAGCUGCGGCCACCAUUGCCGCUGCUACUGGUGGUCCGAUGCCGGCAAAUGCAGCGGCGGCCGCGGCAGCUAAUGCCGCAGCGUGGCCGAUCGUGGAACCUGUGUUUCACUUUGGGCCCGGGUUCGAACCCCAUUCGCGGCCUUACUGUCCAGCACACCCACAGCCUUCUGAGCACGUGGUGCUCUUCCACGUCAGUCCGGGUGUAUCGGUGACAUUCCAGAUUGGCAACACUCGUGAAAUCAUUCGAGGUCCCGUCACAGUGCCGAUGGUGUCACAGAAUGGUACUCCUCCGAUGGCAAUGCCGGUGCAGGUUCCGCCGGGCCAUGUCAUGCAACAAAUCGUCGACGAAAGCGGCACCCUGCGGCAUGUCAUUCUGUCCACCCAGCAUCAGCAGCUAGGGCAAGGAGGCGUCCAGCAUCACCUACAUGGGCAUUUUAUAAAUGGCUCGACACCGCCGUUCUUCAACCCCCUGGCAGCAGCCGGUUAUCAGACUGGGCCGGGUUCCGGAGCGCCACAUCUCUACCAAUCGCCAAUUAUGACCGGUGCUGCUGGAGUAGGGGCCGGAGGAGCAGGAGCCGCAGGGGCAGGGGGCGGAACCCACACCCUCCACACGCCCCAGACCAAUGUAACCCACUCGCCUUCGCCGCCACACUCCAACAACAACCAAUACCACAAGGACGAGCGGGCCAUCAGGCAGCAUACAAAGUUGGUGCGAAAGCUGGAAAAUCAAAAGCAACGGGAACUGAAUGCCUCCAUUGUAACGCCAAUCAAUUCUCCGCGGAAGCACACGGAAGUGAAUGGUAGUUUGCGCAAGCAUCAGCUUCCCCAGCAUCAGCAGCCUCAUCAGCAACAGCAACAGCAUCAACCGCAACACCAACACUUGCAGCAGCACCAAUACCUGCAUCCGAAUUCCGCCACCCAGAGGAACGGAACUUCAUCCGUGGCCACGUCGGAAGAUGGCGAAGAGUCUUCCAGCAUGCCGGAGGAGGAAGACGACACCCAAGCUAUCGUGGACCACUUGAGCUCCGUGCAAUCGCCCCAGGUGAACGAAAUUACAUCCCGAUCGGCUUUGUUCCAGUGGGCCGUGCCAAGUCCUCUACCGCCAAACGAAGCGCUCACAUUCAAUACGCAGGACCUUCACUACGAAGUGCUCCUGAGCGAUCCUGGGAAGGAGAACAAGUACAAGAGCAUCUUCAAAGGCAAUUCUUUGAGCUGCAUGGUUCAAGAUCUGAAACCUGGUCAAGAGUACACGGUCAGGUUACAGGUUUACCUGGAUCAGCUGCACGGAGCUCCAACGGAACCAACGGUGUUCAAUACACCCGCUUGCGAACCGGAUGUUCCGAAGGCACCCACGCUAAUAGCUAGGACGAAAAAUUCCCUGCAGCUCCGCUGGAAUGCCGCUGCGGAUAAUGGCGCACACAUUAGCAACUAUAUUCUGGAGUACGAUAAUGGAAAGUACAACGGUAUGAUUCAUCUGAUCAAUUCCCAAAAUUGUGAUUUUGUUGAAGUGUGCAAAACGAAAGGGAAACAGUUUACGGUCAACAAAUUGCACCCCUCGACGAGUUAUAUCUUUCGACUGGCGGCCGUCAACGAAUAUGGCCGGAGUGGAUAUUCGGAUAUGGUGAAGUAUAACACUGCCGGCAAUCCGCCAAGCGUUCCGGCACCUCCGACCUUGCAACACGCAACGGCCUCCUCGCUCAAACUCGCCUGGCAGCGACGUUCGCCGAGCGAGGGUUUCACACUGCAAAUGAAUGAUCUGGACCAGGGCUAUGGCUAUAAGAACAUCUAUACCGGACCAGAUACGGUUUACGAAUGUGUAGGAUUAAGACGCGCAACGACAUUCCAAUUUAGGGUAAAAGCAGAGAACGAAAACGGCGUUAGUCCAUUCAGUAAGGAGGUCGUGUUCAAAACCUUGCCUUCCUGCCCGAGUAGGCCGACCAAGCCCCAGGUGAAGGGAAAAAUCCACGCAACUGGAUUCAAGGUCAAGUGGGACCCACCGGUAGACACUGGUGGUGCGGAGAUCAAUCUGUACCACCUGGAGAUCAGCUCCGGUGCAAUAUACGAACGAAUAUACAGUGGCAAAGAAUCGGAAGCAAUGAUUGAUCGGCUCAGUCCCGGGACGACCUAUCAGAUCCGAGUGCUUUGCGAAGGCCCUGGUGGAAUAAGUGCAUUUUCUGAUCAAAGCUUGGUAACGACUGAACCAGAAGUGCCAGGAGCGCCUCCUAGACCGCACUGUAACGGUGCUCCAACACCUUAUGCUGCGUGUUUGAUAUGGGAAAAACCGGAUUACAACGGUGGUGCACCAGUUCUAGAGUACGAAAUGGAAGUGGAGAUGACCAAUAAGAGCCGAAACUCGUGCUACCGUGGCAAGGAUCAAUUUUGCGUGGUCAAGGAUCUUAGGCCAGGGGAAAUGUAUACGGUACAGGUACGUGCAAUCAAUCGUAUCGGGGCAGGAGGGUGGUCAGAGGAGUAUAGUUUCCAUGCCGGAGCAGCACCUCCCAAUGCUCCAAAGGAUCUUAACAUCAUCCUAAAAUCGCCAACUCAUCUAACUGUGAUUUGGGACGAACCACACUGCAAUGGGGCACCAAUUAGCGAAUACAUCCUACAGUCCAGUACCUCUGCUGAUCAUCCAUCGCCACCGUCGACGGAGGAACUUCUCUUCCAAACCGUCUAUCACGGUUUACAACGGACGGCUGAGUUGAAAAAUCUCGCACCUUUCACCAAUUACCACUUCCGGGUGUGUGCUGUUAACAGUGCCGGAAGUUCUCGCUAUUCUGCUACAUUCUCGCAAAAAACCCCGGCGGCACCGCCGAAUGUCCCCGUUUUAGGGCAGCACAAAAUUACGGCCAGAAGUAUACUUAUAUGCUGGGAAACGCCCCAGUCCAAUGGUUCCCCUAUUACCCAAUACAAAAUAGAAUGCAAUGAUCGAAUCAUUAUUGCCGACGCAGCUUCAACGCUUUGUAGAAGAAGUAACGAACAAACGUCCGCUAAAAAGUACGACGAGGUAGAAGAUAGCGAUGUUGAUGAUGAGGAAGAAGAUUCCGAUGAGGAUGAAGAGAAGGCUGAUCAGAACGACAAUUCGUCCGAAGACAUGACUGACAAACCAGAAGCGAAUUUAGAAGAAGCCAGCGCAAACUCUGCCGCUGCCUACAGCACAAAUCGCAACGAAAUGCUGAUCGAAGAACUGCAUCCGGAAAGCUCCUACAAACUUCGGAUACAAGCCGUGAACGAGAUCGGAAACGGUUCGUUCUCACCCUUUAUCAAAUUCACCACAGCACCACUGCCACCGAAACCACCAAAACUGGAAUGUAUUCAGUUCGGAUUCGCCCAUCUGAAGCUGCGCUGGGGCGAAGGAAAGAAUCUAGCGGACCUCGCUCGAUAUUACGUCGAAGUGGAGAACAAUCGCACCGGGGAGUAUCAGAACGUCUACACCGGAACUCGAAGCACGUGCAAGGUGAUGAAGCUGCACGAACUGACCGCCUACACAUUCCGGAUAGCGGUCGAAACGAAACACGCCGGUAUGGGCGACUAUUCGGAGGAUUUCGUGUUUGCCACUUUGGCCGCCACUCCGAACACCAUCAAGGCACCGAGGGUGUACAUCGAACCGCUGGGGGGCAGCAUCAACAGCUCACCGCAACAUCCUUCAAGCUCGACAGCGUUGAACGGUAGCGUUAGCAAUUUGACCGCGGUGCAGGGCAGCACGCACCUCACGACCGGGUCCUCUGCGCCGGGGAUGGCCCUGCUGACCAUCGAGUGGCAAACUAGUCGGAACAACCCAUUCUCCGACCCGAUCGAGUACGUACUACACAUGGCGAAGGCGAAAGAUCAAGAGUUUAGCGAGGUUUAUCGCGGCCCCGGCACAAGGCACACCAUCCAGAAUCUAACAUUCGGUCAAGGUUACCUAUUCAAAGUGUGCCCGGUGCGCAUUCGCUCCAACGGCGAGGAAAUCCACGGUCAAUUCUCUCCGGUUCUGCACCACCAGCUGACUCCGCACAGGAUUUCGAUUUCGCGCCACUCGGGCCACGAUGAGGUGGACGGAUCCGGCACCAAGUACUACGCUGGAAACGUGGUCAACCGGCGAGGGGAGUUGAUCCUGAAUAGCUCCGAUUGCCACCAUCAUUCCGGUUCCACUGGGUAUGCUAGUUCAAAUGUCAACGCGAAACAAUCAUUACUGCACCUGCCGAAAGGUGGUAAUCUAAUGCAAACGAUAUCGGAACUGCUGGAAACCGAUUCCAGCAAGGCGGUGGUCGGCGUUCUGGUGUUUAUUGUGCUGUCGGUCAUUGUUGCAGCUUUUCUAAAGUGAAGCGAAACUGUGUAGAUUUAUCUUCUGGGGAGCAAACUGUAAUUUCAAAACCAUUCGAUUGUGACGAAAAAUAGGGAUAAAUUUACAAAAAUAUGCAUGUCCUUGUAUGGAGUAAUGAACCUUAAGCCCAUUAUAGUACGACAUUCAAAGCCUUUGUCUUGCUCUUUCGAAUUGUGAGAACGAAACGAGACUAUCCUCUCUUUUUGAUGUGCUGUGUGUUCUACGUCCAAUAUUCCAGACUGUCGCAGACUAUGAGAGUAUGAAUGAGCCAAGUGAUGGAUUAAAACGCUGGCAUCAAUUACGACAAGCAUGUGUAGCAAACAAAAUCUGUAAAUGAAUAUUGGUGUCAUCGUUAUCAGUGCUGCAGACAAAACUAUUCUUACUUCCAAUUGCAAACGCUAUCGCUAACUACGAACUACUACUGGAAUAAAUUAUGAAACCAAGCCGACAUAAAUAGAUCAUUCAUUACUUCGUACGCAAAAAAAAACACAUAUACUAACGAGCAGGCGCCCAAUUAGGGCGCCAAUUUUAUCUACAUCAUUGCUGUAAAUUGUGGGAAAUAGCAUUGGAACCGUUCUCCUUUGGUGUUUGAUCCUUGUCGAUGGAAGAAAAUGGAACGUUUAGUGUGCAAAUGCAAAUUGGUUGAUCGGGUCAGCAGAAGAUGAUGGGUAAACGCAAAAUUUAUUAUAUGUUAAAUUUGCUAUAUUGUUUAUGUUAUACUUACUCUCAAUUACAACGCAACAAGGAAAAAGCAUAACAAACACAACAAAACGGAUAACAUUUAUAGGAAAUAUACGUGCUGGUUCACUUAAAACUGAGCAGGUUGACGCAAUGACUUGAAAGGUGGAAAUGAGCAGAAAUAGAGUGUCCUUAUUAUACGCUUAGAGAACGAGAGAGGGAAGAAUCGACGGAAGGAAAGUACACUUUCUGUGUCCAAAGUUUCACAAAUUUUAUUUGUUGCGACGAAAGAAUUGUAAGUUAAAAGUUAGGAAAAGAAAGUUGAGUUGUUUUUUUGUUUUUGUUUGGAUUGUUUUGCCAGCGCCGCGCUUUUAGUACGGGAAUAGAUAUCAAAAAACAUACAGCGAAAGAGUAAAUGAAAACGAUAACCAAGAGAAAAGUAAUAGCCAAUAAAACAAGGUAAUCUAUAGUAUUAUUAAUCAUAACUAAAAACAAGAAUCAGAAUGCAUGUCGCUGAACGGUCUAGAGAGAGGAAAACAAAAGUGUAUUGUGGCCUCCAGAAACAAUAGAUAAGGUUAAGAGUAUCGUGACUGAUGAUAAAUGAUAGUGGCAAAAGGCAUGCGAUGAUUUUGAACCAGACACCCACGAAAUAUACAAACUGAUAGACACUUAGCAACAUACACGAACACAAACACAUAAAUAGAAAUACACGAACAUGAAUACACAAACAGAAACACAUACACGAAAAUACAUAAGGGUAAUUCCAUACAAAGUUACCACAAAAAAGUACAAACCUGUAAUCGACCGACACGGAUUUCUACCAAACUUUGGUCAAAUGUUUAUACACUUGACAUAUUGAAAAAGCCCAAUUGAUAUGACGAUUGGACCACUCCAGUGAUUUAGAAUUUGACGAAAAUCCGCAAUGGAAUGGAAAUCGAGAUAUACAAUAAGAAAAAAUGGAUUCAUUCAUUCAUCGAUAAUUAUCUCUAGCGAUUCUGUCAAGAGAUUUCCAGGGUUUUCUUCAAGAAUUCGUCCAAGGCUUACAUCAAUGUUUAAAAAAAAUCCAACUCGAUUCUUUCCAGAUUUUUUUCCAGAGAUUUUUACAAAAAAUUCUUCAUGCAGUUCUCUAAGACAUUUGGGUUUAUUCUACGACUGGCGUGAGGUGACUAUUGCAGGGUAACCAGCGCACCGGGAAAUCGGGAAAACCGGGAAAAAGCCGGGAAUUUCGAAUCACCGGGAGAAAACCGGGAAAUAUACGGAAAUUUCAAUUAGCACCGGGAAAAUUAUGCAUACCAAGUAAUGUUUUAACCAGCACGAUUUAUACUUUAGUGGAUUUUUACAAAAGCUUCUGAAUUCGAAUCCCAAGUUAGUCAAUAAAGUCAAGAACAUAUUCUUUAUACUAAUGUUACCACUUAGGGGAAGACGGGAUAAGACCGCCCGCCUAAGCAAUUUAAUUCAUGUGUCAAAAUUAAGAAUGAAUAAAUCCUUUCUCGAUGCAGCAUAUCGUUUUUUGAAGCCUUGUGCAUGAUCAAAAUAUUUGUGAUAAUUUAUUUAUUUCUUGAAGUUUGAAAAAGUGAUUUCUUAUCACGAUUAUUUUUAGCGACUGGGGUAAAAGCGACCACCACGAUUUUCGUGCUCAAUUUUGCGAAAAAAUUAUAUAUCAGUUCCCUGUUAUUCUAAAAGUAUCAUGUUUUUCAUUAAUUAUCGUGGAUAUUGAAAAAUGUUUAGGGUUAAUUAAUUAAAAGACUUAGAUAUAUACUUAUUAUUACCUUAAGGCAGUGGCGCGGGAAGUGGGUAGGACAGGUAGGACAUGUACUACGCACAAAAACACCUGGGUAGGACAGUCAAAGGAUUGUCCUACCCACGAUUCAUCGAUUUGUUAUCUAGAAAUAGUUGAGGAAAUUAGAACAUCCUCACUGAUUGUAAAGACAAACAAUUUGAUAACAAAAGUUGAUCCAAUGUAUGAUCCUAAAGACAGGACUGGUUGUAGGUCUCUUUUCAGAGAUUUCGUCUCUAUUUCGAUGCAAGUUCCUAAAAAGUCUCUAUUUUUAAUGAAAGGUUUCUAAAGUAUCAAUUUUAACCAAAAUGGUGCUUGCCUUGAAUCCUGUUGCAAAAUUACACAGGCUCCAAAGAAACUUUCAGAGAUCAUACCAGCUUCAAAAGGCUUUUUGAGAAUUUCGUCUAAGAUUUUUGAGAAGAGUUUUUUUUUU